CGCCCCGCCCCUCAGCUCCCCCGCCCGCGUGGUCGCAGCCACCUCAGCCGCGGGCGAAGCGCUUUGGGGGGAGGACGGUGGCCGGCGAGGCUCGUCGCAGUCAACGCGGCGGCGAUGUCCGCGAGCCCGGCGAGAGCCGCGGCGGUAGCGGCGGGGCCUCGCGCGCGCCAGGGCUGCCUGGGUGUCGGCCUCCCUCGGGUUCCCAGGAGCAGGGCGGGCGGCCGGCGGGGCAGCGGCAGCGGCGGAGGAGGAGGAGGAGGCCCCCGCGCCCGCGCCCCUUCAGCCUGAGGCGGGGGUGCCGCCGCCCGAGAAUGGGCAUUCUCUUCACGAGGAUCUGGAGGCUGUUCAAUCACCAGGAGCACAAGGUUAUCAUUGUUGGGCUGGAUAACGCAGGGAAAACUACCAUCCUUUACCAGUUUUCUAUGAAUGAAGUUGUACACACAUCCCCAACAAUAGGAAGUAAUGUAGAAGAGAUAGUGGUUAAUAAUACACGUUUCCUGAUGUGGGAUAUUGGUGGCCAAGAAUCUCUUCGUUCUUCCUGGAACACUUACUAUACUAACACAGAGUUUGUAAUCAUUGUUGUAGAUAGUACGGACAGAGAAAGAAUUUCUGUAACUAGAGAAGAACUCUAUAAAAUGUUAGCCCAUGAGGACCUAAGGAAAGCCGGAUUAUUGAUUUUUGCCAAUAAGCAAGAUGUUAAGGAAUGCAUGACUGUAGCUGAGAUCUCACAGUUUUUAAAGCUGACAUCUAUUAAAGACCACCAAUGGCAUAUACAGGCAUGCUGUGCUCUUACUGGUGAAGGAUUAUGCCAAGGACUUGAGUGGAUGAUGUCCCGGCUGAAGAUCAGAUGAUCUCUGCUGACCUCUUCUCUCACAGACUCUGUCUAACAAAGUGCUGGACUUGACCUGAAAGCUGCAAAAAACUAAUGGUUUAGAUAUAUUGACAAUAAACUGACUUCAACUUUUUCUACAAGAAGAAAAAUCAGGACCACUCAUUGGAAAACAAAGCUGAAGUCUCACUCCCAAUCUGCUUUCUCCAAAGCAAGUUCUUCAAGCUGUGACUGACGUUUUGUCUCAUUAGGAAUCCUCUCAGGACACUGUGUAGCCUGUGGUAAGUACAAAGGGAGAGGACGUCAUUUUUAACUUAAAGAGCUUUAUUAUCAGGAUAGAUCUCCCUAGUUGAGUGUCGGUCUCUUCUUAUUCCAGUGAGUCAAAAUACAAAUCAGAGCAAAUACUUGGUUUCUAAUAUUUUAAAAUGUAAUGUUACUUAUAAGAAGUAUUUUGCAUAAGAUUGUGUGUGUGUUAUGUAUAUACCUCAAGUUCAAGUUAAUGGCUUCGGUUUAUCUUCUAAAAACAGCAACAACGACAACAACAAACAACACAACAAUUCAUCAUGUCUUCAGUAAUGACCAUAGUAUAUAAGUGCUGGCAUUGAUGUCAACAACCAUUUUUUACUGUUCCCCCUUUGCUCUCUGUAUCAUACUAGCCAACUUUCCAAAUCAUUGAGCCACUGGUUAAAAAAAAAAAAAAGAAAGAAAGAAAGAAAAGAGAAGAAGCUUGGCAUUGUGUACCUGUCUUUUUGUUCUGUUCUGUUCUGUUUUGUUUAGUUUAGUUUUGUUUUGGUUGACCAAAGCAUGGGAAUGUGUUAUCCAACUGAGAGGAUUAUCCAAUUCUUGACUUAGUAUUACUUUACUAGUGGGCAGAACUGCACAUUGAACAGAUACCAGAUUGCUUUCUUUUACUGAGACAUACACCACCUAAAUUAUUGGAUAAAUGAAUAAUCUACUGGGGGCCGGGCAGUGGUGCAGCAGGUUAAGCGCACGUGGUGCGAAGCACAAGGACCAGUGGAUCCAGCACAAGGAUCCCGGUUUGAGUCCCCGGCUCCCCAUCUGCAGGGGAGUUGCUUCACAGGCGGUGAAGCAGGUCUGCAGGUGUCUGUCUUUCUCUCCCCCUCUCUGCAUUCCCCAUCUCUCUUGAUUUCUCUCUGUCCUAUUUAAUAACAAUAACAAAGGCAAGGGCAAUAAAAUGGGGGAAAAUAUUAAUCUUUCAACCAGUCAGCCAUUAAUUUUGAUUAAGUAAUCUUUUCAGCAUUGAAAACCUUUAUGUGAAAAGUCUAUCGAAAGACAUAUCAACCUAUAGUAUCAAAUAAUUUAGCUAGAGCUUUUAGAUAUUAUAUAUAAAGCAUUUAAAAUGAAAAGAAAGCCUAUUUUCUAAGCAACACAGAUACUUUGCUAAUUUGAAAGUUUAUUCUUGGGAUCUAGAAUAAUUUGAUAUAUUUUUAUUUCUGUGGGUUUUCAUCUGUCAUCUUACAGCAAGUAAUUUAUUUAUAAAUACGAGAUACAAAUGUUUAAGCCUGUAAGAAUUUGGUUUUUAAAAUUGAGCAACAUAUGUAUUUUCUCUUUAUUAAGAGGUAACAUGUCCUCAAGAUACCUUCUUGUUUGUAUAUUUUUGUUGUUGUUGUUGGAUUUUUUUUUUUUAAUAUCUGAAAAGUCAGAUGCCUCUGUUGUAAAUGUAAGCAAACUUAGCCUGAAUGUGUUAAAACAUUUUCUUGGGUGCACUAUAUUGUUUAAGCCCUGAGAAUCUAAAAGACUCAUUUAAACAGGCGUGAUACAGGAUAAGAAAGAAAAUAAAAUAAAAUAAUGGCUGUUUAAAUUUCACAAAGGUUUUGGGGCUGGGUGGCAGUGCGCCUGGUUAAGCGCCCACAUCACCACGUGCAAGGACUCGGAUUCAAAGCCCCAGUCCCCACCUGAGGGCGGAAAGCUUCAUAAGUGGUGAAGCAGUACUGCCAGUCUCUCUCUCUCUCUCUCUCUCUCUCUCUCUCUCUCUCGCCCCCCCUUUCUCUCUCCCUCCCUCCCUUCCUAUUUACCUUUCAUCCCAGUUUCUCUCUGCCUGCAUCCAAAUAAAUAAAUAAAUAAAUAAAUCUUACAGUCUUGUAACAUACUAUUAAUAACAAAAAAAUAAUAUCAAAAUAAAUGUCACAAAGAUUUUGAUGAGGACUAGUAGUACAUAUUAAGUUUGACAAGACUCAUCUAAAUGCAAGUCAUCCUUGGUUGUUCAGUGUUUAACAUUAGAUGUUUUGUAUUUUAUAUUUACAUUACCUUGAAAAUGCAAGUUCAGUGGAACAUUUGUCAACAUGCUUUUGUGAACAUAAAUCCUACAUUACUAAGCUUCAUAUGUCCUCAUGAUUUUUCAAGUCACAAUAGUUACUUGUAUAUUAAGAAUUUCCAGAUCUAGUCUGUACUUGUUAUAGUUUCACGUCACAGGUCAUUGCUCUAUAAAGCAGCCCAGCAAAUGACAACUCUCAUCAUUUUUACACCUUACGUUGAAUAAUCAUGAUUUCGUUUCUUGGACUGCUGCUAUUUUUCAGCAGUGUAAAAGCACAUUCCCUUGUCAUCAGGGUAUUGACUAAAAUUUAUGUUUAAUUGGAUGAUGGCAGCAUGUACUACAUUGUUAGGGUUUAAUGUUAUAGGUUAUUAAAACAACAUCAUGAGAAUGCAUGAAAUCUCACACACAACAUUCACAAAUACAUGAUUUUUUGUUGUUGGUUUGCCCCUCGUAACAACAUUGUGUAUGUGGUGACACCUAUAUACUUCUGUUUAAAACCAAAAUUCCAGUGAGAAAAAACUUCAGUUCAUGUAUUAAAAUACGACAGUCAUGUUAACAGUGUUAGAUGGGUCACAUGACUUACAGUCAUGUUGAUAACAUGUAGUUUAAAGUGAUACAUGUAGUUUAAUGUUCCUUUGGGGUGUAAAAAAUUAGGCUCAUUAUGGUUCAACUGUUCAAAGCUUCAUACCUUUUGUACAUGCGGGUGGUAAUAUCUGUAAUAUCCUGUGUCCGAUGCUAAUUUUUGAAAGUUGUGUAACUUCUCUUGAUAUCUUGGUAACCGUAUACUUACUAUAAGCAUUGAGAUAUGUUUAAUUUUGUCAUGACUGCAUUUGUAAAAUAUAUCUUAUGUAUUUUAUCAAAGAUUCUUGCUUGUAAUUUUCUACUUUGACACCCAUUUCAGACAGAGUUCAGUGCAAGCAGGUUGGGGGUAGGAGGAGAACUGGAAGGGGAUAAAACAUUUUGCCUUAAGAAUUAAAAAGUACUUUAGGACUGCUUGCUGCAAUUUUUAAUGCAGGUCGUGACAGUGAUUUUAGAAGGUUAGUAUGAAAUAGAACGAGCAUUUCUGUUUUCUGCCCUUUAAGAAGUGCCUUGAAUAGUAGUAACCGUGACAUCACAGAGAGAUACAGAGCUUCAGAAGAGGUAGUGAGUCCCUAAAAUUCUCUUUUUUUUUAUGCCUAAGUUCUCUUGUCCCCUCUUAUAGGAGCUUUCACAUUUUGUGCUGUGACCAUAGCAGCCACAUACAGUAGUGCAGACAGCCUCAAGAUUUGUUCAUGCUAGUGCAAGAAGAAAAAUAGAGACAACUUUCUGGUUUUCUCUAGCAGUUUUGAGAAUAUUUCUAUAGAUGUUCUACAUUAUUAUCUGGGGGAUAACACCUCAUCCCAGACAAUCUGUGGACUUUGGGGUCAUCUCUCAAUUGCCUAGUUGUGUCCUAAUAUCAGAACCUCUUUCAUGGCUGGGUACACAUGGAUUUCUUUGCAUGACUUGACUUUGAUCCUCUGUACUGUCCAAAUGUGGUCUGGAACCUCCUGCUUCACAAACCGCAUGUCUAUAGCUCAGUGCCCCUUGCCAUACAUUCACAGUCUGUGAGCAUACAUUAGCUUCAUCCUGGAAGAAGUAUUCAAAACUUGGCCUAUAUUCAUCCUCCAAAACACUUGUUUCUAAGUAAGCUCUUGAAUUGUUGCCUUUCAGCACUGACUCGAGUCAUAGAUUGGUGCAUUGCUCACUUGAAAGUACUAUUGGAGUUCAGUCCAUCAAAAGACUGGCUUGCUUUGUUCAUCCUCUAUCUCUUUUUUCCCCCUCAUGUUUACUUAGAGGACAAAGAUAAGCAUUAGAGUUUGAAGAAAUUAUUAAUGAGAAGUCGAUCUUUCCAGUAAACUAAUCAGACUAGUGUGUACCCACUCUGUAGAUGGAAACAUACUAUAGGACUAGUUCUUUAAAGUGUGGCUUUUACAAAAAUGAACCUUUCCUGCCAUGCUCUUUCACAAAAUGUAUGGUAACUUUAAGACUGUAGUGAUGGAGUAACAGGCCAGAAUUAAAAAAGAGAGAAAGAAAGAAAGAUGCUAAAAAAGGAACUGCUUUCUAUUCUAAAACUGAACAUGUGUUUGUGAAGAAAUUGUAAGCAAGAUAUAGCUGGGUUAAUUAUGCAGUAUUGUUCUAAAAACUAAAACUUGAAUCAUUAUGAUCUUGCCUGCUAUUCUUUAGUAAAAAAAAAAAAAAAAUUGAUAGUCUGUACUCGAGAAGUGCCUAAAAUUGCUUUGUGUUGAUUUUCAUAUGCAUUUCAUUCAUUGUACUUAUUUUCUAUGAUAUACGUGCUUGGCCUAUUGAUGACAGCCAGCCCUGGGGGUUUCUAAGUCACAAUUUACUGUUUGAGUAAAAAGUUAAAUUAGAAAUAGCCACCUGAACUCUGAAUAAACCAUUGUUUAAGGAAA